AUGCCGGGACCCCGUGUAAGGGUAAAUGAUUGCCUGGAGAAGAGACGCACCGCUUUGCACCCGAUUUUUGUCACCUGGUCAUCAUCAGGAAACCUCAGACCUCCCUUGACUUUCUCUCACUCAGCUGCUGUGCUCUCCCCCCACAGCUCUUCCCAUCUGCUGCUGACUCCCUGCAGGGUAGUCCCUCCUUACCCCUACCUCUUCUCCUCACGCCACAGCCAGCAUGGGUUGCUACUCGAUGCUCCUCCAGCAGGGACAGCGGUGGAGAGUAUCCCAGUGCUCGGGGCCCUCUGCUCCUCUUCCUCCUUGUACCGGGCCCUGGGAGAUUUGGCCAAAGAUCUCUCCAAACUUGACCUGCGACGCUGGGCCAGCUUCAUGGACGCUGGAGUGGAACAGGAUGACCUAGAGGAGACGCUGCAGGAACUGCGCAACCUGGCCCAGUGCUACGAGAGUGGCAACGAUAGGCUCGUGGACUAAAGCUCCAAGAAAAGGAAAGGACUAGUUUACAAUAAAAACUGCUGGGUGCAGGA